GUAAUCCACCCUUCCUAUCACUGCUGGCUUGGAUGCUCAGUCUAUGGUCAGUCUGGUCUGGUUUGGAGCAGGAUAGAAGAUGGCUCUCAUCAUUCUGCAUUUCCUGCUGGGCCUCCUUCUUCUGGGAGCAAAUGUGUUUACCAGCAUUUAUGCUCAGGAGACCGCUGUGUCAGAGACGUGGACCAGCAGGUCUUGCAAAUGUGAUUGCGAUGGAGGAGAAUCGCCGACGGAGGUUCCCUCCGUUGGGUCUGGCACAUCUUUGGUGCGAGGAGUAGACUGCAUGCCGGAGUGUCCCUACCACAGGCCUCUUGGCUUUGAGGCUGGAUCAGUAAGUCCAGACCAGGUCACCUGCUCCAACCAGGACCAGUACACCGGCUGGUUCUCCUCAUGGCUGCCGAGUAAGGCCCGACUCAACAGCCAGGGCUUUGGGUGUGCCUGGCUGUCUAAGUUCCAGGACAGCAGUCAGUGGCUGCAGAUUGACUUAAGCGAGGUGAUGGUGGUAUCGGGGAUCCUCACUCAGGGCCGCUGUGAUGCCGACGAGUGGAUUACAAAGUACAGCGUUCAGUAUCGCACAGAUGAGAAGCUCAACUGGAUCUAUUACAAAGACCAGACUGGAAACAACAGGGUGUUUUAUGGGAACUCCGACCGGUCCUCGUCUGUGCAGAACCUUCUGCGGCCGCCCAUCGUGGCGCGCUACAUUCGCAUCCUCCCUCUGGGAUGGCACACGCGCAUCGCUCUGCGCCUGGAGCUGCUGCUCUGCAUGAACAAAUGCAUGUAAACCGCUCCUGUCAUCGCCCCCGAGGCCUUGUCCCAAAGCUCCAAAUGAAGCCUCAUCCUCAGUGUAUGGUCUGUGAUUAUAUUUAACAGAUUGUCCUUUAAAAUAUUCAGUAUGGACCCCCCCCCCAUCCCUCCAUCCCACUUAAAUACAAACAAAACAGCUAAAACACACUUAUACUUGCAUUAAAACAGGUUUGUUUGAUAUGUACAAUGAGCUUUCAUUCACUCCACUCUGCAUUGUCUGUAUUAAACCAGUCUCACACUGGGGACUUCAAUUUGGGGAGUUCUCAAUAGAUUGCUCCAUUUGCAAUGAAAAGGCAUAAACUGAAAGCAGUAAUUAGGCAUGGAGAGGGAGAGGCAGCGUUGCUAUGGCGGUUGUAUCUGCAGUUCUGAUAGAAAUCCAGAUCAUUUACGUUGUUCUGUGAUAGGCCGAUAAAUAAUGUGUCUGCUUCUCCUGAUAGUCUAAUUGUAACUGGGAAUUUACACAGCAAAUUUCCCCUCCUUAUUUACCUUAACGGAUCAGUGUGCUGGUAGUCUACAUUUUUCAUACUUCUUAGCAAAUCACAUGAAAAGACCAAAACCAACAAUGAGCUGGUCCUAAUUACAAUCACAGCUUGGGUUUCCAAAGCCUAAUAAAGCAUUUUUCUAUAUUUCUAAUCAUUCAGUUUAUAGUUAAUCAGUCACAUAUACGGCAUUUAGCAGCUAGGGGGUCAGAGUGUAGCAAAAGUGUAUUAUUCUGCAGCUUAAGCACCGGUCACCACCAGAUGCUGUGCCCAGCCGUUUUAGAUAAUUGGAUAGGAAUUACAAACUGCUGUCUUUGGUCUUCUCAUUGCAUUUGUUAAUAUGAUUUUUUGGUCAUAAUGCCUAAUUUGACUUCCUGUUUUCUUGAUUUUUUUGUUUGUUUUUCAGUGAAUCUUCAGUGCUGUGUAAAUAUUGAGGCAUUCACAAACGUUCAGAUGUGGUUUGGUAUUGUGGUUAAUUCCUGAUUGCUUUCUUUAACAAUUUAAUUCAAUUUCCCAUGAUGCUUAGGGAAUACAUUGCAGAGGUGAAUUUCCUCUGAAGAUGUGCUCUUUAUUGUAUCUAUAAACCAUGUCCUUGAAUAAACUAAAUGUUUCUUUUCA